UCACCCCUCCUCACUGACACUCCAAACACUCGCACGCUCCAAGGCCUCACUCACUCACCAGUGACACCCCGAAUCUCGGCGUAUGGCCUCCACGAUGCCGCACCACAUCGCGCUGCUCCUGCUCCUCCUGGCGUCCACGCGCGCGGCGACCGCGGCCGGCGCCGGCGCCUGCGCGGCCGAGAAGUUCCCGGCGGGGAAGACGUACGCCAAGUGCGAGGACCUCCCGCAGCUGGGCGCCGCGCUGCACUGGACCUACGACGAGGCCAAGUCAUCGCUCUCGCUGGCCUUCGUGGCGGCGCCGGCGGGUACCAACGGGUGGGUGGCCUGGGCCCUCAACCCCACGGGCGAGGGCAUGGCCGGCGCGCAGGCGCUCGUGGCGCUCAAGGGCUCCGGCUCCGCCGCGCCCACCGUCAGGACGUACAACAUCACCGGCUACGUGCCGCUCGGCAAGGCCUCCACGCCCAUCGCGUUCCCGGCCACCGACCUCGCCGCCGACUCCGGCAGCGGCGGCAAGAUCCGGCUCUACGGCAAGCUGCAGCUGCACAGCGGGAUGAAGGCGGUGAACCACAUAUGGCAGGUCGGCACCUCCGUCACCGCCGGGGCCCCCGACAAGCACGCUUUCGCCGCCGGCAACCUCGCCUCCAAGUCCAAGCUCGUCCUCUCGGGCAAAGCGGCCUCCGCGACCUCGCCUUCGCCGGCGCCCGCCCCCAUGGCCGGUGGGCCGUCCGGAUCGGCCGGCAGCGACGGCGGCGCGUCGGCGACCACGGCGCCUUCCGCCGGCAAGUCCCCGUCGGGCGCGGCCGCGGUCGGCGUGUCGGCGCCGGCACUCCUUGUGCUCGCGUUGAUGGGACUCCUCGCGGUAGUAUGAUGGCAUUCCCUGGCGGUAGCACGAAUGAAUGAGUACGUACUAUAAUUAGUGGAGGUGGCAGUGGGCAUGGGGAGGAAGCAUUUCUCGAACAAUAUAUUGUUCCAUUUUUGUCGAUCGAUCUUGCUAUGCUGCCUAUUCUUUUUCCUAAUUUCGUUUGAAAUAAAAGAUGGUUUGCGUACUAAUUAUCAUUAUCGAGCUGUUGUUUUUAGGUAGAAGUACGUAGUACGUAGUACUGCUAGCAGUCGGUGAUUAUUGUAGUACUAUUGUGGUCGACAUGUCACUGAAUUUAUCUAUGACUAAUAUAAUAUAAUUUUUAUUAUCA